GCGUUUUAAAUAUAGCCUAAUAGGAACUAAAUGUACAGACCGCUUGUCCGUUUUGCAAGAAAGAAACUUAGACUGAAUUAAAAGGAUAACUAGUCGAUUUUGUGGCUUAGGAUAAUAAAUAAAAGUGACUUGUCAUACGAGCGUAAUACGUAAUAGCUAUUUUUGUACAAUAUCCAUGGGUAAAACUGUCAGUGUGACUAUGCUUUUGACUACUGGGGGAAAGGAACCAUGGUCACUGUCUCGUCAGCUCAACCAUCUCCACCAAAGUCAAUCUUCACCAUGUCUCAGUGCUCUUCUGAUUCUGAUGGAUUCGUCACCGUUGGCUGCUUGGCAAGAGGUUUCUCACCUGCGGACUCACUUACUUUCAAAUGGAAAGAUACUAAGAAAGAAUUGAGUGAAUUUGUGCAGUAUCCAGCAUUCGGGCGGGAUGGAGACUAUACCAAAAUCAGCCAUAUGCGUAUCAGAAAAAGCGACUGGGGUCCUCAAAACCCUUACACAUGUCAAGCUACAAAUUCUAAAGGCUCAGUAGAGGCUAAAGUUCAAGCAAUACGUGUCUCUAAGCCUACUAUUACUCUGCUGAGUAGAGAGGACGGUGGCAGGAUUGUGUUGGAGUGCCAGUUGAGUGAUUAUUUCCCAGACAAACUUACUGUACAAUGGCUUGAGGGUGAUAAAUCUGUCGAAGGUCAAAUUGAUAAAAAGUUUCAGAACACUGAUAAAGGCGAGAAAAACUACACUUACAUAAGUCAGCUAUCUAUCAGUGCCCCAUAUGUAGACAAAAAGUACACUUGUAAAGCCACCCACAACUCUGAAGAGAUCAAGACAGAAUAUAACACGUGCAAAGCAAAGUCUUUGUCCAAACCUUCAGUCCAAAUAAAGAAAUCUCAUCUCAGAGACAUUAUACAGGAGAAUAAGGUCACAAUUUCCUGUGUUGUUGAAGCACCAGACAACACUAAAGUGUCAUGGUUAACAGACAGUGUAAGUAAAAGAGCCACCGAAGAAGUCAAAGACCUGUCCAAUAACAUUGUGAGCAACUUGACUUUGUCCAGAAAUGAUUGGUUGACCCUUAAGUCUGUUGUUUGUUCUGCUAAACAUCCAUGUUUCCCAGAAGAGAAGGUUGAAAUUCAAACUGAUGAUAUAAAGACAGAUCCUGUAGUCGUGAUCAGGAGGCCUUUCGUGAAAUCAAUGCAGACAGCCAGUGCUGUGCUGGAGUGUGUUGUAAAUGGUCUCCCCUCUGGUGAGGUCUGCAUCAUCUUCCAGGCUAAUAAUGUUGAUAUCUCAGAAUUAAGUUGUGUGGAUUGGGCCCCGUCCGAAAACAUUUGGUCCUUGACCACACAUUUCACAAUACCUAGAGAGCACCAGAGGAAUGGAAACACUUUUACCUGUAAAGUUCAUUGGUCCUUCAAAUCCUGGACAUCCAAACCUACUGGAAACAUUUUUGGCGAUCCUACCAUGGAGCUUGCUGUUGUUCCCAGUGUGGGUCGAUCUAGUUCAGACUCACAGAAGCUGCUGUGCUCUGCGACAGGAUUCAACCCAAAAAUCAAGUGGCUUUCAGAAUCUAUGGAGAAAACUGGCAGAGCUUUAGACCCUACAAUGAUGGAAGAUGGACGUGUGAAAGUGUACAGUGAGAUAUCGGUGCCACAGCAAGAGUGGAAUCAAGGGUUCACUUACACCUGUCACACUGAUAACGGACACAGUGGGGAAACUGCUGAGAAAAGCACCAGUAUUUGCACAGCACAAUCAUUGUCCAAACCUUCAGUCCAAAUAAAGAGAUCUCAUCUCAGAGACGUUAUACAGGAGAAUAAGGUCACAAUUUCCUGUGUUGUUGAAGCACCAGACAACACUAAAGUGUCAUGGUUAACAGACAGUGUAAGUAAAAGAGCCACCAAAGAAGUCAAAGACCUGUCCAAUAACAUUGUGAGCAACUUGACUUUGUCCAGAAAUGAUUGGUUGACCCUUAAGUCUGUUGUUUGUUCUGCUAAACAUCCAUGUUUCCCAGAAGAGAAGGUUGAAAUUCAAACUGAUGAUAUAAAGACAGAUCCUGUAGUCGUGAUCAGGAGGCCUUUCGUGAAAUCAAUGCAGACAGCCAGUGCUGUGCUGGAGUGUGUUGUAAAUGGUCUCCCCUCUGGUGAGGUCUGCAUCAUCUUCCAGGCUAAUAAUGUUGAUAUCUCAGAAUUAAGUUGUGUGGUGGGCCCGUCCGAAAACAUUUGGUCCUUGACCACACAUUUCACAAUACCUAGAGAGCACCAGAGGAAUGGAAACACUUUUACCUGUAAAGUUCAUUGGUCCUUCAAAUCCUGGACAUCCAAACCUACUGGAAACAUUUUUGGCGAUCCUACCAUGGAGCUUGCUGUUCCCAGUGUGGGUCGAUCUAGUUCAGACUCACAGAAGCUGCUGUGCUCUGCGACAGGAUUCAACCCAAAAAUCAAGUGGCUUUCAGAAUCUAUGGAGAAACCUGGCAGCGAUUUAGACCCUACAAUGAUGGAAGAUGGACGUGUGAAAGUGUACAGUGAGAUAUCGGUGCCACAGCAAGAGUGGAAUCAAGGGUUCACUUACACCUGUCACACUGAUAACGGACACAGUGGGGAAACUGCUAAGAAAAGCACCAGUAUUUGCACAGCACAAUCAUUGUCCAAACCUUCAGUCCAAAUAAAGAAAUCUCAUCUCAGAGACAUUAUACAGGAGAAUAAGGUCACAAUUUCCUGUGUUGUUGAAGCACCAGACAACACUAAAGUGUCAUGGUUAACAGACAGUGUAAGUGAAAGUGCCAUCAAAGAAGUCAAAGACCUGUCCAAUAACACUGUGAGCAACUUGACUUUGUCCAGAAAUGAUUGGUUGACCCUUAAGUCUGUUGUUUGUUCUGCUAAACAUCCAUGUUUCCCAGAAGAGAAGGUUGAAAUUCAAACUGAUGAUAUAAAGAAAGAUCCUGUAGUCGUGAUCAGGAGGCCUUUCGUGAAAUCAAUGCAGACAGCCAGUGCUGUGCUGGAGUGUGUUGUAAAUGGUCUCCCCUCUGGUGAGGUCUGCAUCAUCUUCCAGGCUAAUAAUGUUGAUAUCUCAGAAUUAAGUUGUGUGGAUUGGGCCCCGUCCGAAAACAUUUGGUCCUUGACCACACAUUUCACAAUACCUAGAGAGCACCAGAGGAAUGGAAACACUUUUACCUGUAAAGUUCAUUGGUCCUUCAAAUCCUGGACAUCCACACCUACUGGAAACAUUUUUGGCGAUCCUACCAUGGAGCUUGUUGUUCCCAGUGUGGGUCGAUCUAGUUCAGACUCACAGAAGCUGCUGUGCUCUGCGACAGGAUUCAACCCAAAAAUCAAGUGGCUUUCAGAAUCUAUGGAGAAAACUGGCAGAGCUUUAGACCCUACAAUGAUGGAAGAUGGACGUGUGAAAGUGUACAGUGAGAUAUCGGUGCCACAGCAAGAGUGGAAUCAAGGGUUCACUUACACCUGUCACACUGAUAACGGACACAGUGGGGAAACUGCUAAGAAAAACACCAGUAUUUGCACAGCACAAUCAUUGUCCAAACCUUCAGUCCAAAUAAAGAAAUCUCAUCUCAGAGACGUUAUACAGGAGAAUAAGGUCACAAUUUCCUGUGUUGUUGAAGCACCAGACAACACUGAAGUGUCAUGGUUAACAGACAGUGUAAGUAAAAGAGCCACCAAAGAAGUCAAAGACCUGUCCAAUAACAUUGUGAGCAACUUGACUUUGUCCAGAAAUGAUUGGUUGACCCUUAAGUCUGUUGUUUGUUCCGCUAAACAUCCAUGUUUCCCAGAAGAGAAGGUUGAAAUUCAAACUGAUGAUAUAAAGACAGAUCCUGUAGUCGUGAUCAGGAGGCCUUUCGUGAAAUCAAUGCAGACAGCCAGUGCUGUGCUGGAGUGUGUUGUAAAUGGUCUCCCCUCUGGUGAGGUCUGCAUCAUCUUCCAGGCUAAUAAUGUUGAUAUCUCAGAAUUAAGUUGUGUGGAUUGGGCCCCGUCCGAAAACAUUUGGUCCUUGACCACACAUUUCACAAUACCUAGAGAGCACCAGAGGAAUGGAAACACUUUUACCUGUAAAGUUCAUUGGUCCUUCAAAUCCUGGACAUCCACACCUACUGGAAACAUUUUUGGCGAUCCUACCAUGGAGCUUGUUGUUCCCAGUGUGGGUCGAUCUAGUUCAGACUCACAGAAGCUGCUGUGCUCUGCGACAGGAUUCAACCCAAAAAUCAAGUGGCUUUCAGAAUCUAUGGAGAAAACUGGCAGAGCUUUAGACCCUACAAUGAUGGAAGAUGGACGUGUGAAAGCGUACAGUGAGAUAUCGGUGCCACAGCAAGAGUGGAAUCAAGGGUUCACUUACACCUGUCACACUGAUAACGGACACAGUGGGGAAACUGCUAAGAAAAGCACCAGUAUUUGCACAGUGAUUGCACCGUCCAGUCAGCGGGCAGAGGUCUACUUGGUGGGUCCAUCCCUCAUUAGUGUGAGAUCUGACACCUCUGUGAAUUUGAAAUGUGUGGUUGUUGGUCAGAGUAUUAAGUUAUUCUCCAUUCAAUGGAAAGGGAAUGGUAUCGUCCCCAAUCCAAAUGGCUAUGAACAAGAGCCUAGAGUUCAUGACAAUGGGACUCAAAGCAAAGAAGCUAUUUUGAAGGUUUUAGUUUCAGAUUGGAAUGCAUACGAUCUCUUUACCUGUGAGGUUAAGCAUCUGUGCUCAAAUUAUACACAGCAGAAGAGCAUCUCAAAAACCCGAGAUCCCAAACAACCCACUGUGAGAAUCCUCAGACCCUCAGACAGUGAUCUCUCUGGACUCCAAAAUGCCAACCUUCUUUGCUUGAUCACUGGUUUCUUCCCAUCUGAUAUCUCUGUGCAGUGGCUACUAAAUGGGACACAACUAGAUGUGUCUCAGUUCACUAACACUCCUGUGGCUGCUCACACUUCAGGAGGGUUUGCAAUGCAUAGUGCCCUAAUGCUGCCUGCAUCAGAGUGGAAGGAUGGCACGUUCUCGUGUGUUGUUUCUCAUGAGUCAUCCCAAACUCCAAUCACCGCCACUAUAGAGAACUUGUAUGCCUCGUUGAUUCGCUCUGCUCCAUCUGUAGAGCUGCUGCAGGGUACUAACACUGUGCCUGAGCUAGUGUGCCUGGUAUUUGGUUUCAGCCCACCUGCCAUCAACAUCACCUGGUGGCUAGGUAAGAAAGAGGUGUCUGCUCACAGGAUCACUAACCUUGCAAGAGGCCCUGAUGGAAAAUUUAGCAUCCGAAGUCACCUGGAUCUCCAACCUUCAGACUGGACACCUGGUGAGGUGUACACAUGCGAGGUUACUCAUGUUACUGGUAUCCUGUCACCUAACGUCUCAACGAAAACAGCAUUAUCUGAAGAGGCUAUAUUUAUGAAUGAGAACAAACCUGAAGCUAUUGCACAGGAUACAGUUGAAGAGGCCUGGAAUAUGGCCUGUGCCUUCCUCAUCCUCUUCCUCCUCUCUCUUCUCUAUGGGUGCACAGUGACUUUGGUCAAAGUCAAGCCUACAUGAGCAAUAUUUUGAGUGUGUUUAUGUUUUCUAGAUUCCUUUGCUUCUUUGUUGUUGUUUUGUUUAUGUCUUUUAAUUUACAUUACUUAGCAAAAAUGAUAUGGUAAAUAUCAGCUUUUGGCCUUGUGGCCAUUUAAAUAUGAAUAAAUAAAUGGUUUUAACACACCUUUUGUUAUUAUAUUAGCAAUGCACGUAAACAUGCAGAUUUGUCAUUUUGUCAUUUUAAAAAAAAAUUAUGCCUAAAUGUUAUCUCAAAUUGUUUUUGUUUUUGAAUGAAAUAGGCAACUCUUUUGUCUUGUUAUGGCUAAUUUCACAGCCAGAAUUUUAGUUAGGCCUUUGUUGAAAUAAUUUUUUUUUUUUGAAUAAUUUGACAAAAUUACAGCUUAAAUAUAAAUUAUACACAAUAAAAACAUUGGAAA